AUGCUACUAGAAAUGCUAAUUGUGCUGGCUGCAUUUUUCAUUAAAAUCACUUCGACGGCCUCAGUGUGUAUGAAUGUUAGCAUAGCGGUAAGGCCAAGCUAUUGCAAAAAAGCCUGCACAAGAGAUGAACAAUGUAAGCGAAACAAACGAUGUCUCUGUGAUGGACACUGUGGGCUGUCUUGUGUCAACCCUCUAACAACUUGUCAUCCGUUAAUUGAUCUACAAAAUGGAUACAUUCGAACUCCAGGCGAUUUUCUAUUUGAUUCGAAUGCUGAAUAUGGUUGCGAUGAAGGCUAUGUACUCGUUGGUCCCUCACAAAGGCGAUGUCAAGCUAAUCGUGAAUGGAGUGGUACAAAACCGGAAUGCAGACUGCUCAAAAAAUGUGGGCCACCUCCAGAAAUUCCGUAUGCUCAACAUGAUGGAAACUCAUAUUCCGGACAAUAUGAAUUAAAUGCAGAGGUUCAUUAUUCCUGUGUUGCUGGAUACCAUCGUUAUGGUAGUGAAGGAAUAUCAAUUGCAAAAUGCUUGUUGAAUAGAUCUAAGGCAGCUCAAUGGUUUGGACCCGAUAUACGAUGCAAAGAAAGAAGUUGCCCUGAUCCAGGAAAUGUGGUUAAUGGCAGCCGUAAAGGUGAAUUGUUUUAUUAUCCGCAUUCGAUCGAGUUUUUCUGCAAUCCUGGUUAUCAUCUUAUUGGCGCAUCUGUGAUUCGAUGUCUCAAUAACGGACACUGGAGUGAUAUAACGCCACGUUGUAAACCAACAGAAUGCAAUCGGCCACCGGAUCCAUUGCAUGGCAAAGUAUUUGGAAGUUCUUUAACUUAUCAAUCCCGUAUAACUUACACUUGUAAAGAUGGUUAUCGCCUGGUAGGUCAAGUACAAAGAAUAUGCCUUGCAGAAGGAAUUUGGGCUGGAAACGAACCUACUUGUGAAGAAAUUCGAUGUCCUGCUUUACCACCGCUUGAUAAUGGCUAUAUCGAAGGAAGUGACAAUCAUUUUGGAGCUCUGGUUGUUUUUCGAUGUCUUGAAGGAAUGAGCCAUAUAGGUACCCCCUAUGCAAAAUGUGAUGAAGAUGCCCGUUGGUCGCAUACUCUACCCAAAUGUCUAGGUGGGUGCAUUGUUCCUGAAAUUAAUAAUGGCAAAUUGGUUGGUUAUAAUGCAUCACAGAUGGUUGUUCAUGGCGAACGUCUACAAAUAAAAUGCUUAGCAAAAUAUGAAACAGCGCAACCAAAUGAUAUUGUUAGCUGUUAUAAUGGAAGUUGGUCAUAUCUACCAACUUGUACUCCGAUUCGUUGCAAAUCAUGGCCACCUCGGAUCGCUCAUGCUAAAGUGAUCUUUAUGAAAUCGGUGCAUGGAGCUUUUGCACGUUACAUUUGUGAUGCAGGUUACCGACCUUCUGGAAUUCACAAUACAAUAAAAUGUUUAUUUGGUGAAUGGACCAGCGAAAGCCAACCAUUUUCAUGUGAACCAGUAUUAUGCGAACAUCCUUCGAAAGUAUAUGGCACGUUGGAAGGAGGAAACAUAUUACUGGAAGGACAAAUGGGGGCAUAUAGUUUCGCCAAAUACAUUAGGCAUGUUGAAGAAGGAAGAUCGAUCGCAUUUCAGUGCAAAAAAGGAUAUAUCUUGCUUGGAACAGCAAAGGCAACAUGUGUUAACGGUAUAUGGAGACCUCGAAAGAAGCCUAAAUGCGUUUCACAAACCCACCCUAUUGUGGAGGGCCAAAAUACAUGGAUAAGGCGUCGUCGUUUCGCGCUAUCUCUCACAGUAUUCAAUCAAACUAUGGAAAACUAUGAAAACUCAAAUAAUUACUUGAGGAUGUUGAAGCGACAAGUUCGAUCAUUUGAAUGCUUCGAAAUCCCUCCUAUGGCUCAUCGAACAAUUAUAUUCACCAAGCAAAAACCCUUUCCAUCUGAAGCAAUGGUUGUGUGCCACAAAGGUUUUCGGUUUCAUGAUGGUCGAGCAGAUGGAGCCAUAAGUUGUUUGGAAGGCGAAUGGAGCCCUAGUAUUCCUCUUUGCGUUCCAAAAGAUUGUCACAUACCAAUGAGGAAUAAUGCUUAUUUUCUCACUAUGAAUUCUAAUCAAAUUCUUCAAUCUGGUGAAUGGUUGAAACACGAUAGCGAGGCACAUAUGAUCUGCAUGCAGGGUUAUCAACUAGUAGGAAAUGACGAGUUAGACUGUUAUCAGGGAAGAUUUAAUCGUAGUAUCGGUCGAUGUAAACCAAAGGAAUGUACACUCGAUUAUGAUAUAGUUACUUCUGAUAAUAGACGAAGACUUAUACAUGGUGAAAGUGGGAAAAUACUUUGCGCAAAUAAAUCACUUACUGUUGAAUGUCGUUUCGGUGAAGUGUAUCCAAGGAUAUCGUGUAACAAUCGAGAUAAUGCUAGCGAGAUAGAAAACUCGGUGAAAUGUAAACGGCCGAAUUCUGAUCAAACAUUUAUCGCUUAUCAAAUGGCGAAUUUGUCAGGAAUUCAAACAGUUGUCGAUAUAAAUAUUCAUCAGUCGGUUUUUCCCAAUAGCACAAUCCUUCAAUAUAUUUGUGAUUUGAGCAAUCCUUUGAAAAGAGCAAACUCGAUACAGUGUGUGAAUGGAGAAUGGAUUACACUGUUGCUUUCAUGCAUCAACAAGAAGGCUGAAUUAUUACUGGGAUGGCAACGUAAAGGAAUGUGUAAAACACCCAGAAUUGACGCUUCAUAUCGAAUCUUCAAUGUGGAUGCAGAUUCAGAUCUUAAAAAUUCCCAGUUUGCUCAUGGAACCAUUUUGAAAAUACAGUGUGCCCCAGGAUUUUGGUCAGAAAGUGAAUUUGACAAUGAACUACGGUGUCGUCAAGGAAAAUGGAGUUCUACUGGCAAAAUUCGUUGCUAUUCAAAAAACUCUGAACUGUUUUUUACGUGUGUUGAUAAUUUUAUGCAGCAACUUAGAGGACCAUCAUCGAUCAUUUGUCGUAAUGGAAGUUGGUCAUCCAUGCCACCAGUAUGCAUUAACCUAGAUCCACUAAAUAAAGAUGAAAAUUCGCCACCUAUCAAGUUCCAUAUUAUGCGGAGUCCUUUCAUGAUAUCACAUGAAGGUUAUCUAUUUGCAAAUAUCUCGUCGACGGUGCGAUUUUCAUGUUUGUAUCCGAAAAGGAAAGGACAACCGUUAUGGGAAACAUCAUCUAUUUAUCGCAAAUAUCCGCAAAACUGGAAUCAAAUAACUUUACCGCGCUUCAAAGAAGUCGAUGCUUAUGAGUUGACAAUUUCGAUGGCGCAACCUGGCGAUGGCGGUUUUUUUCACUGCGUUCUUCCAAAUGAUGAAAAAUGCACAAGGUUCAAAACUUUUAUGCAUUUACGAGUAUUUUAUACUGAUCCAAGCCUUUAUAUCGGAACAGUGGCACAGUUUUCAUGCGAAGAAGGCUUCCAAAUUGAAGGAACUCGGUCAUCGACAUGUUUGACUGACGGGAAAUGGUCGUAUCCCAAACCAAAGUGCCGAGUUUGUGUGCAUGACUUCAGAGACUGUGCAGCAUUGCAGUGUCCUUCCAUUGCGAUAAACGAUGCAGCAUUAACUGCUACAAUAUCAUCUCAUAAAUAUGGUGGCGUAGCACGUUUUUCUUGCCAACCAAACUAUACUAUUGUUGGGAAAGAAAGCAUACAAUGCGCCACUAAUUAUAAAUGGACGGAUACUACACCUUCUUGCAAAGUCGUUGUGUGUCCGCCUCCUGUUUUGCCAUCAGGUAGCAUGGCGACCUCCCCGCUGAAACCAAUUUACAAUGUUCAAGACAUCGUUUUUUUCGAAUGCAAACCAGGAUUUAUGCUUACUGGUAGUGACCACAUGCAAUGUCAAACAAAUGGCAAUUGGACCACCGCCUCCAUAAAAUGCACUCCAUUUUGUCGCUUCCCUGGCAAACCAGAACAUGGAGAUACUACAUCGCCAGAACGGUCAUACUACCUUGUUGGAGAUCGUGUAGUUUACUAUUGUACAUCGUCGAAUUAUCGUCUCGAUUCUGAAAAUGUACUCGAAUGUUUAUCAUCAAGUCAGUGGAGUCGCAAAGUACCGAAAUGUUUAUCAAUACAGCAUUAA